AGAGUAGGAUUUUGCACGGGGCACCCCUUGGAGCAGGGUAUGGGGUUCAUAGCGGGUUGUGCUCCGGUGUUACCCCCAGUUCCUGGGUCAGGGGGGUGCUGGGGGAGAAGAGAAGCUCAAGGGGUGAGGGCCUGAGUAACGUGGGGCCUCCCAAGUCAAGAGGGGGGACAGUGAGGGUAGGCACCCUGCUUCCCCGCUCCUGCAGGUGCGUGGCAUGAUGAGUUCCCCUGGCAGGGCCAGCAGCGCCUUCCCCCUGCACGUCCUGGUCUGGAAUAAUGACUACAGGCGGCUGAACGAGGAGCUGCAGGACCAGUUAUAGAUGCUCUUCUGUUUCAAAUCUCUAAGCUAAUAGUGAAAAAUAAGUAAGGAUGUUGAUCAGCGCGAUCCACGAGGCCGGACCUUGUUGCACCUGGCUGUGUCCUUGGGUUAUAUAGAAUCUGCCAAGGUCCUUCUUCAUCACAAGGCAGAUGUAACCAAAGAGAAUGCACAGGGAUGGACAGUUCUAAACGAGGCUGUCAGUACAGGGGAUCCAGAGAUGGUACAAAUGAUUCUGCAGCAUCGGGACUACCAGCUGACCUCCAUGACACUUGGAGGAGUUCCUGAGUUACUCCAGAAGAUUAGCGAGACUCCUGACUUUUAUGUGGAAAUGAAGUGGGAGUUCACAAGCUGGGUCCCGCUGGUUUCCAGGGUCUGCCCGAGCGACGUCUGCCGCAUCUGGAAGAGCGGAGCCAAGCUGCGUGUUGACAUCACGUUACUGGGCUUUGAGAACAUGAGCUGGGAGAGAGGGAGGUGCAGCUUAAUCUUCAAGGGAGGAGAUACUGGAGGUUGGGCAGAACUGAUUGAGAUCAAUCAUGAUGAGAAGUUUGUUACCACGGAGCGUUUUGAGAUCUCCCAGCAGAUGAAGCAUUUGACGUUGGGAUCUAUGACACCCAAAAGAAGAGAUGUAGAAAGACGCCUUACAUCUCCCAUUCUUAACACGUGCCUUGAUACCAGAAACAUUGCUUUUGAGAGAACCACAUCUGGAUUCUGGGUAUGGAGGACAGAAAAAGCAGAAAGUGUGAAUGGUUAUGAAGCAAAGGUGUAUGUGGCAAACAAUGUGAAUGUGGUCACCAAAAUCCGCACAGAACACUUAACAGAGGAAGAGAAGAAAAGAUACAAAGCUGACAGGAACCCCCUGGAAUCAUUUCUGGGUACAGUGGAGCAUGAGUAUGGUGUUCAGAGUACAACCAAGACAACAGAGUAUGCCGCAGCCAACAAUCCAACUGCUAUUACUCUGGAGGAAUACUUUGACCCAGAAUUUGAUCUGAGAGGUCGAGACAUAGGCAGGCCUAAAGAAGUCACCAUCCGAACACAGAAAUUUAAAGCAACCUUGUGGAUGAGUGAAGAGUUUCCCUUGUCUCUUAUGGAACAAGUCACUCCAAUCAUCGACCUGAUGGCCAGAACCAGUGCUCAUUUUGCCAGACUUAGGGAUUUCAUCACUCUGGAAUUUCCACCAGGAUUUCCUGUCAAAAUUGAAAUCCCCCUGUUUCAUGUGCUGAAUGCCCGGAUUACAUUUGAGAAUGUCAAUGGCUGCAGGACAGCUGACAGAACUUCAUCACAGAUGGCUGGAGGUGCACCCUGUGAUUCAGGUGCUAAUUUUGAGGUCGACCAGUCGGUGUUUGAGAUCCCCAAAUCUUACCACGUCCAAGAUGACAGCAGGAACAUACACGUGCAGGAUGAAGACAACGAGAUCAUGCAGUUUGCCAUUCAGCAGAGCUUGCUGGAAUCUGGUGGAGUUAAAGAUGUGGGGGUGCACACCAAUGGAGCCAUUGCAUACUCACAGGACUUCAAUAUACAGUAUCAGAGGGCACUGCAGGAGAGCUUUCUCACCAGCUCGGGUAACUCCCAGUGCAGCAGCCCUAGUGAGCCUUCCAGCUUUGAGAAGGACUUGCAGCUUGCCAUGGAGUUGUCUGUCCGAGAGCAGGAGGAGCGGGAGAAGCAGCGUCAGGAAGAGGAGGAUGCAGAGCUGCAGCAAGUCCUACAGCUUUCCCUGGUGGAGAAAUAACCCCUCCGUGGCCUCCUGAAAUGAGGAUGAGAACCAAAUCUGCACAAAACUGAAGGCUUUGGGGCUGUCAGGCUGAAGACCACUCCUGGAUUGCUUAAGUAAAUGUUUCACCUGCCCUCGAGGUUGGCACCAUCAGCUACCAAAAGCUGAGUUAUAUUUGUUUGAGGGAGUUUCAGGCCAUGGGACUCUGCAUGUGGCUCCCCAGUGCCGCAGUCUUGGCUCUGAAGGAAGGUUUUUAUCUAAAUGUAUUUAUUGAAGAGCAGAUGGAAACUUUGCUUAGCAUCAGGAUAUAGAAUCGCAGCAAAGCUUGAAAACCUGAUUUCCAGGGAGUUUAGGAGGGAAACUUCAUUACUUACCAAAGAAAUAUUCACCUGCUUAGUCAUUUCUGAGUAAUUCAAAGCCAUUGCCUGUUUCUUCCCGUUGUGACAUGGAAGAGUCUCUACAUGCAUACACACAUAGGGUAGUUCUUUGUGCUGACAGAUGGUUUCUGUUAGCUUUGUUUAUAUGUGAUUCUCUCUUUAGUUACUGAGAUUUUAGCAUGUGCUCCUGCUUAAGAGGGAUAAUUUUAUACUUGAACAGCUAAUCCAAGCUCCAGAUUAAACUAGUGCUUUCUGCAGAAAGGACAAAACAAGCAGCCAGUAAAAGCAGAUCCUAAACUGGGACCAUUUGCCAAGUAAAGCAGCAGUUUCUGCAGCGAUUCCAAACCAGCUCCUUCCCGUAGUCAGAGGGCAGCAAGAAAGUAAGUGCUAGAUACAGGUGCUCCUCUGCAGUCACUCGCUGCGUGCACGAGUGUGCCUGGGUGUGGGUGCUAAAGUCAAAGAGGAAAACAGGUCAGGUGGAAUUUUAACGUAUCCUUAGUGGAAGGUAAGUGUUAACCUGCCAUCGGAAGGGAAGCGCGUGUUGCUUUUUAGAACUCAACGGCUCAUCCUUCGUGUGAAGACAUAUAUUUUUUUAUCUGAGUAUUUUUAUUGAUUUUAAAGCAAGCCAAAUAGGCCUCUACUCCUCCAAGUGGCAUUGUAUGGGUUCACAGGUCUCUUUUAACCAGCUCUCCUCAGGUCUUUUCCUCAUAGGAGCUAUUUGUAGCUGUUUUAUCUGCACUUCUGUCGGUGUUUACAGUACUCACACUGUGACUCUCAAGUGCACUCCACAAGUACAUGAUGUACAUCCACGGGAAAGCCUUACUGUAGUUAAAUGUGAGCAAUAUUCCUCUGUUCUGGCUGGCAGAGUGGGAAGAACCUAUGGUACCUAUGGUCUGAUCUUACUACCUAAUCCUGCACUUGUUCCUCGGGCAGAACAGGGCAGUUCUGUGUGACCAACUAUUAACCAGUAUAAAAUCACUCGAUCGUAACCAGGGCGAUGGUUGGUGACUUGGAACCUUAUUUUAAACCAAUAAUCCAUUCUUUUACAUAGGAAAUGAUUAAAAUUCCUUCAGCAUACACUACAA